AUGACUCUGAUGAUGAAAAGCUGUUUCGUUUCACUGACCAUCCUGUUUCUUUGGCAAGUGGAAGAUGUGGCAGAAGCCUGCAAAUGUCUCCCUGUCAAUAUUCAACAAGGUUUUUGCAGAUCAGAUGUUGUUUUUAGCGCAAGAGUCACUGGAAAGGAGGUGGUUGACAUUGGGAAUGGCCCUUUGGGAAACUCAUUCAAGAGCAUCAAAUAUGACAUACAAGUGACUAAGGUGUUCAAAGGCCCUGGAUUGAGACUUGAUGCUGUCUACACUUCUUCCUCCUCUGCUUCUUGUGGAGUCACUCUGGACACUGGAGACAAACUGUAUCUAAUCACAGGCAAGCUGGAAGAUGAUGGGACAGUGCAUAUCACAAUGUGUGACUUCAUUAAGCUGUAUGAUGACUUGAGUAGCGCCCAGACACUGAAACUGAUUCAGUGUUAUACGACCGGCUGUGGCUGCUAGAUAAACACCUGCUUCUCCCUCCCUUGCAUUUUCGGCAGCCCAGCAGAAUACCUUUGGACUGGAUGACUGCAGAUACCGUGCAAGACAAAAAUUAUGU